GUCUGGUUACCUCGCUAUAAGGACUUACAGACCCUGCUCUCGUCUGUGAAGCAGCCAGCACCUGCUCACAGAGGAAGGGAUCUCUGACUUGCCCAUAUCCAGCAGGUGAAACUCAAAAAACCUUCACCAUGUCUGAUGAGGAAGUUGAGUAUGAGGAGGAGCAGCAGGAAGAAGAGGAACAACCUGAAGAAGAAGUGGCUGAAGAACCUGAGCCGUCAGCUGAGCCAGAGGAAGAACGCCCCAGGCCCAGACCUGUUGUCCCACAGUUGGCUCCUCCAAAAAUCCCCGAGGGGGAGAGAGUGGACUUCGAUGACAUCCACCGCAAGCGUAUGGAGAAGGACCUCCUAGAGCUCCAGACCCUCAUCGAUGUACACUUUGAGCAAAGAAAGAAAGAAGAAGAGGAGCUCAUUGGCCUCAUGUCAAGAAUCGAGCAGCGCCGGGCAGAACGAGCCGAACAGCAGCGGGUCCGCACUGAGAAAGAACGGGAGCGACAGGCCAAAUUAGCUGAAGAGAAGAUGAGGAAAGAGGAAGAAGAGGCUAAGAAAAGGGCUGAGGAUGACGCCAAGAAGAAGAAAGUGCUAUCCAAUAUGGGAGCUCAUUUCGGCGGAUAUCUGGUGAAGGCAGAACAAAAACGUGGCAAAAGGCAAACAGGCCGUGAAAUGAAGAUCCGGAUUUUGUCAGAAAGGAGGAAAUCUCUGAACAUAGACAAUCUAAACGAUCAACAACUGAGGGACAAGGCCAAAGAACUGCACGACUGGAUCAAUCAACUAGAAUCAGAGAAAUUUGACCUGAUGCAAAAACUCCAAUGUCAGAAGUAUGAGAUCAAUGUUCUUUACAACCGUAUCAGCCAUGCUCAGAAAUUCAAAAAGGGUGCCGGAAAGGGACGAGUUGGCGGUCGCUGGAAGUAAAAGAGAAGAUACCAGUGCCCAGCCCGAUUGGGAGCAAGAGCGACCCGCCUGUGACAUGACGCCCUGCCCCUAUUCUGUGCUGAAAAUUAACCUUCAAUCAAUUCCCCUCCACCUCCUUAGCAUCUGCUCUUAGCCUGUCCUGUGUCACAACCUGCACUCAAUAAACCGAACUGUCCCUCUC